GCUACUGGUAGAGAUGGCACAGUUUUCACUGAGAACGCAGCGAUGAAGACGCUCUUGGUGCUUGCAGGGCUGGUGGCCCUGGCGAUGUCAGGUGCCGUUCCCACGGAAACCGUUCCCUUCAAGACUAAAACUGUCGAUGCCGAAUUCGUCACCAAACAGAAGAAAAUUUUUGAGCUUUUCUUCGCACCGUCACAAAUUAGCAAGGAUGCCGAGUACUACAAAAUUGCAAAGGAAUGGAGCAUUGAAGCUAACAUCGAAAAUUACACCAACAAAAAGGCUGUAGAAGACUUCUUGGUGUUGUACAAACAUGGUGUCCUGCCAAGAAAUCAUGUUUUCUCUAUUUUCUAUGAAAAACAGAGAGACGAAGCGAUCGCUCUCUUCCACCUUUUCUACUACGCCAAAGAUUUCGAAACUUUCUACAAAACAGCGGCUUACGCCCGCGUGUUCCUUAACGAAGGUCAAUUCUUGUAUGCGUACUAUAUUGCUAUUAUCCAUCGGCCAGACACUAAAGGAAUAGUCUUGCCUGCUCCUUAUGAACUCUACCCUGAGUUCUUUGUCAACUCUGAUGUCUUAUACAGAAUGUACCGCACUAAAAUGCAAGGCGGAAUCUCCAAUCCCGAUUUUGCUUCUGAGUAUGGUAUUACUUUCGAAAACGAUUACUAUGUCUAUAACACCAACUAUUCUAACUACUGGACUUAUGGUGACGAGGAAUACAAGUUGUCGUACUUCACAGAAGACAUCGGAUUAAACUCUUACUACUAUUACUUCCACUCAUACUUCCCCUUCUGGCUCGAAGGCGAUGUUUUUACCGUUUGGAAAGACCGCCGCGGAGAAGUUUACUACUACUUCUACAAACAAUUGAUCGCUCGAUACUACUUGGAGCGUCUGAGCAAUGGAUUAGGCGAAAUUCCUGAAUUUUCUUGGACCAAACCAAUUAAGACUGGGUACAUUCCAUUCUUAACGUACUACUAUCCAUUCAUUCAAAGACCUGACCAGUACCAAAUUCCUUAUGAAAGUAAUGUUCAAGAAUUACAGUUCCUCGAUGCCUAUGAAAAGACAUUCUUACAGUACCUGGAGAGAGGCCGCUUUAAGGCUUACAACCAAGAAGUCGAUUUUACCAAUUCAAAAUCUGUUAACUUCGUUGGCAACUACUGGCAAUCUAAUGUCGACUUAUACGAGAAAUUCGGACCAAGGAACUACCACCGGUCCUACGAAGUCACUGCCAGGCGUCUUUUGGGUGCUUCUCCAGAACCUGUUGACAAGUACAGCUAUAUUCCUACUGUGCUUGACUUUUACCAAACAUCGCUGCGUGACCCUGUCUUCUACCAACUCUACAGCAGAAUUCUUAAGUACUUCAUUCAGUACAAGGAAUACCUCGCACCUUACACCCAGGACCUGCUUCACUACGUCGGCGUUAAAGUUACUGACGUCAAGGUUGACAAGCUUGUCACAUUCUUCGAAUACUUUGAUUUCGAUGUAACAAACAGCGUGUUCUUUGCACCAGAGCAACUGAAGACUUACAAGUUCACUCCAUACAAAGUGCGUCAGCCACGUAUCAACCACAAGCCAUUCACAUUAACGGUCGAUGUCAAAUCUGAGAUUGAAGGCGAUGCUGUAGUAAAGGUCUUCAUUGGGCCUAAAUACAACGGCGAAGGUUUCCCGCUAACAUUGGAAGAUAACUGGAUGAACUUCGUCGAGCUCGACUGGUUUGUUCACAAACUGACAGCUGGACAGAACAAGAUCGAACGUAGCUCAACCGAUUUCUUGUUCUACAAAGAAGAUUCAGUACCAACUGCACAAAUCUGGAAACUUCUUGAACAAAACAAAGUGCCCACUCACAUGUCUACAGAAGCAGACUUUAUGCCGUCAAGAUUAAUGCUACCUAAGGGAACAAAGGGUGGUUUCCCUUACCAAUUAUUUGUAGUAGUUUAUCCAUACCAUGGCAAAGAGCACACAUCAGAGCCACUUGAAAGCUUUAUUGUUGACAACAAACCGUUCGGUUACCCGUUGGAUCGUCCAGUAAACGAGCCUUACUUCAUACAGCCCAACAUGUACUUCAAGGAUGUUUUCAUUUACCACGAAGAUGAAAUUUAUCCUUACCAGUCUAAUUACCCCUACUAUGUAGGCCACAAAACCACUUACACUAAAUUUUAAGAAGAUAAUGGAAUUUCUUUCUGUGUGAUCAAUGUCUGUUGUUAAUUCUUAUUGUUUUUAUUUAUGCAUUGAUAAUUAAAGUUGAAUAUUUUUAGCAAA